AAAAUUUUAGAGAUACCGUAAUAGUAAUGGACGCUGCGACACACAGACCACAGAGCAGCGACACAUGAAAAACGUAGCUGAACCACAUCUUUCUGUCCUGAUUCAAGUUUCUAUGGAAUUAUGUAGUGUACUAUAGAUGAUAAACGAUGGAAGACUCGUGACAUCACAUUCACAGAGACAAUGCUAUCGUGGAUGAAACUAAAGUGAUGGGGCUCGAAAUAGCCUAAAUGAAUGGAAUGGAUGAACAAUCGAUAUUUGACAUCCUCGAGUGCUCUGUAUGCCUGGAGCGGUUAGAUGCGACCAGUCGCGUCUUGCCGUGUCAGCACACCUUCUGCCAGCGAUGUCUUCAGCAGAUCCUCAAUACCCGGGGCGAGCUGCGCUGCCCAGAGUGCCGGGACCUUGCCCCGCAUCAGAAGGUAACAGACCUGCCCACCAACAUUCUCCUUGUGAGGCUGUUGGAUGGCAUGAAGCGGCCGGCUCCACCGUCGCCCAAGACUGGAGCUUCGACGACGGGCAGUUCUGGAGGAAGCGUGGGAAAGAGCAACGGACAGGCUGAGUCUACUUCCGCCAGUAGGAGUGGUGUUUCCAAGAUUCCUGGUCCUAAUCAACCAUGUGCUAAAACCCUGUACAACUACGAUGGGCAGGAAUCUGGCGAUUUGUCUUUCAAUAAAGGUGCUAUCGUACUCCUUCUCAAGAGGAUCGAUGAUAACUGGUAUCACGGUGAACUAGACGGUAGCCGCGGCUUCUUUCCCGCAAGCUACGUUGAGGUGUUAACGCCUCUCCCGCCCGAUCCGCCACAGUGUAAAGCCCUCUAUGACUUUGAUGUGAACGAACAGGAGGAGAAGGACUGUUUGACCUUCAAUAAGGAUGAAGUGCUGAUGGUGAUAAGAAGAGUGGAUGAUAAUUGGAUAGAGGGGCAGAGAGGUGAUAAGAUUGGAAUAUUCCCCAUCUCAUUUGUGGAGUUGAACGAUACAGCCAAGGGUCUGGUGGUUGUGAAUGAAGGAGCUACAGGAGGAGAUGGAUCAGGUCAUGAGUCUGGUUCCAGUAGCAAGAACAAAUCAUCGAACAAGCGUCAUUCUUUCACUUCCAUGCUUGGUGUCCAACUGCGCUCCAAGGACUCCCAAGAUCGAGGGAGUGGCGGCACCAGUGGUGGUGGGGGGAGUGGAGGAGGUAAUGGUACCAGUCCUAAUAACCGUCACUCCAUGGAGAUCUCAUCUCCUGUCCUCCUGAGGUCUAGUAAUCCCACCGCUGCCACCCUUAUAGAGGCUAAGGCAGCAGCAGCAGUAGCAGCAGCGGUAGCAACAGGUGGCCCUUCACCCGCAUCAUCUCCAUCCCCAUCAUCAUCUCCGCUUCCCGUUGCCACGGCAUCAGGGAGCAGCACUCAGACUGCUUCUGGAGGAAGCAGAAAGAAGCCAGCUCCACUUACGCUGAUCAAUCAGCCUGCUGCUGGUGGACUACCACCCAACUCUCCUACCAUGUUUGCAUCAGGUGGACCAGCCACGCCCACUCAUCUUGCAGCCCAGGAUCCACCAUCCUCUCCUAAACCAAAAGUGGAAGUGUAUGUAGCCAUGUUCAACUACAAGCCCCUGAACCCUGAUGAGAUUGAGUUGCGGAAAGGCGAGUGUUACACGGUGACAGAAAAAUGCAAGGAUGGGUGGUUUAAGGGUUUAUCCGUUUCAAGCGGCCAGAUCGGUGUUUUUCCUGGCAACUACAUGCAAGUGUACAGGCAUGAUAGACAAGAGAAGCAGAAGAAGGCUGCUGCAUCAUCAUCAGCCUCUUCAUCAUCAACUUCAUCAUCAUCGACCUUUGCCAGCUCAUCUCUCUCCACACCAUCAUCAGCGUCAGCCCCGCGAUCAGCCACAGCAUCAUCUCAUACAACAGCACCCAACUCUGGAGUUGCCGGACAAAGUGCUAGCUCCGGGGCAGGAGAGAAGAAAGCGCAUCACCAUGAUGGACAAAAGACUGUAGCACAGCUGCAGGGUGAACGGGCAGCACUGAGGAUGCAUUAUCAGGGUGCAACUCAAGGGGCUGUUAGUAGGCCUAUCCAGGCUCCUCCUCAGACAAGACUGAAUGAAAGACACCCUCAAGGUAGCCCACCCACCGUGGGUGUGGAGACAGCUAGGCAGGGCGGGGUAGUAGGAUCUCCUGCUAUGGCAGGCAGCUGGCCAGGGAAUGCCCCGCCCACUGGGGCCAGUGUAGGAAACAGGCAGGUUCACACUGCAGUUCAAACUACAAACGCUAAUGCGCAGACUGUGCGUCCUAGGACAGUCAAUCCCACCGCUGCCACCAGCACGUCUUACCCCAAUGCAUCUCAACCAGGUUCACCACCGGUCUCACACGGAAUCAGAACUCAUGGAGGAGUUCCUCCUGGUGCCACCGGGCUUGCAGAUACCAGCAAUGUACAGCCUGGUGUCCCUGUCAGACAAGCAUGUAGCCAGAUGGUGUUCCCUCACCAGGUAGUCAGGCAGUUCAGUCACCCUAGUGACCUCACUUUGAAUGUUGCACCUGCUAAAACCAAACGUGUUCCUGUUCCUUCUUCCGCCCAAACGGGUGGGCCCAUGCUCGCCAUCAGGCAUCCUGUCGAUAAGCCCCGGCGGUUUAGCGAGAGCGACCAACUCUCGUCAGCCAGACCUACCUCAAGUAGCAGUAGUAGUAGUAGUACUAGUAGACAGGCUGCUGCUGCUAAUCGUAACAAUCUUGCACCAAUAAACACCACCACCAGCACCUUUACCUCCUCUAAGUCUGGUUUGCAUGCACAUCCUCCACCAAUCUCACCACUGCACGCUGGCACCUUUCUUUUCUCCAAGCAUGUAGGUCUCUUGUCUGGUGACGGUGUGGGGCAGGCACAGGUAGGGGCCAAUAGCGGGUGUAGAACUCCUCCACCGACACUCAACACCAGUCCACCUCAGGUCAGGGGUCAUCGUAGGCGCAGUGGUAGUAUGCCAUCGCAAUUCACCCUAGCUCACAAAGCAGAUAAGAAGGAGAAGAAGGAGAGGAAAAGCAAGAAGCCUUCCAACAAGCAUGUUACAUCCAACGAAGCUCCAGAGUUAGGAGGCACUCGAACCACCAGCCCUUCGCGCUCCGCCAUCCGAACAACCACCUCCGCUACCCAGUCACCUAACUCCUCCAAGUCAUCCUCCCCGGAGAAUCAGCAGGGGGAGGCUCCAGCGGCAGAGACUCCUGCAGGAGCUGUGACAGGGGGAGGGGAAGGAGCCAGGGGCGGGACUGAGACAGGUGCUGCUGCUGCGGAACAAACCCCACCGAAAACAACUCCAUUGCUGCGUGAAAGAUAUCGUGUGAUUGUCCCAUACCCACCGACGACAGACGCUGAGCUUGAGCUCAAGAUUGGAGACUCUGUCUUUGUUCACAAGAAGCGAGAUGACGGCUGGUUCAAAGGAACAUUGCUCCGAACGGGCAAAACGGGACUCUUUCCUGGUAGUUUCGCUGAACCCUACUAAGCCUCGACCCUGAUGCAUACUUUUUUUACUGUGCAGAUGACACUUUCUGUGGAGUCUUGAUGUGAUUUGAUGCCUGUAUGAACAAGUGUCAUGGAAUUUGUGAAACCUUUCAGAUAAUGUGCAUGCCGAUAUUUGAAUGCUGAACUGAAUAUUCUGUGAGGAAGGAACAUGUAAUAUAAUUCAAUUCUCUGCUUGGUUGACAGUUGUUAAGUAAUGCAGUGAUGGUAAAAACAGAUUUCCUUCUUUUUCAGAACUCUGGUUCUACCCAUGUUAAUUAAUCUCAAAAUAAAAUUAUUAAAUAAUUGGGAAUUGAGAAGAUGAGAACAAAAAUGCAAGAGGGGGGGGGGGGGGCGUUGGGGAUCUGUCGGUUGAACAUAACUUUCAAGGUUAUUUGAAGAAUGAUAAUCAUCUUGGUUGUGUUUUACCCCCUUCAAGAUUCGCCAACAGAAUCAUUUAUCGAAUGGACCUUAACCAACACUGUGUUUUACCUCUGUAGGUAGUCCAGCUUGCAUGGCGUCCGAGUGUCAUACACUGGUUUGUGACAGGUUUCUCAAUAAUGAUGACAACCUCUGUUGGAAACAUUAAUUUAUACUGUAAUAAUAAGAGACAUACACUCUAAUUCACAUAAAUCAAUGUUUGUAAAAACCGAAAAUUAUUUUGAUAGCAGAAAAUCUCAGUUCUGCCCCAUUAUUGCAUAUAUCAAUAGUAGGGUGGAUUCACAAUUGAUAGUGCCCCCACAGGCAAGCCGCGACAGCCCAAUUUUUCAGUUCGCAAUCAGUGCAGUACAGCCAAAAAAAAUUCCCUGGAUCUCCUAGGGUAUAUAAUAUUGUCACAGCUGAUAUUUUUGUCAACUAUUUCCCAUAAUGCAUCGAGUGAAAUUGACUAAAUUUUGGUAUCUCUAGAUGGCGCUGUAGAUUGUGAAUCCACCAUAUUUUAUAUAAUAAAGUGUGGAGAUAAGUUUUGUGAAGGGGAAACUUCACAAUUUAAAUGGUACAGAAUUAAUUCAAUUUUAUUUCUUUGGAUACUAAAGUGAGUUGUUGAUUGAUGAUAUGCAAAAGAUUGUGCCUGAUAGUAGUAGACCAAAGAUCAUGGGUUUAGAUGAAAGUGAACGUCAUUUAGCUAUGUAAGUACACACACUGCAUGCAAGCUAAAGCAAAACAUAUAUUAAAGACUUGUCACAACUAUUAAUAUAUUGCUAUUUCAGAAGAUGACAAUUGUGAGCUCGAAAAGGAUCUUUUUUUCUCAACAUAAUGCAGGAAUGGGCAGUAGAGCAUAAGUACAAAGCAGACAUUUUAUGGAAAUAUGAAAAGUAUACUAUUUAAAUGUUUGAUGUUGUUGAUUGUUUUACUUGACUGAUAAGAAAGCGUGUUUAUGCUUGUAUUAGUAAGCUAUCAGGGGACAGACGACUUUAAGUCCUCUCAAAGGGACUUGUGAUGAGAAUUGAUGCUCUACCAAAGGGCAUAAGCAUAUUGACUUGGUUUUGAACCCAGGAUCUCCAGGUUAUGAGACCACUGCUUUACAACUGAGCCAUGGCAAAUCUAACAGAAACUGAAGAGAAUGACAGAGAAUAGUUAGCUCUUGGGAUGAAAUUGAUAUAUAAGGACAGUUUGAGCAACAGGAAGGUUUGGGUAACAAUGGCCCAAUAAUUCAACAGCAGGCAAAACAUAUAUCAGUUAUAGAAAAUGAAGGCACAUAAGUGAUGUCAUCAAAGCUUAUCUUGCUCUAAAUAGCUGAUGUAGUAUUGUGUUAAUAUGGUAGCAUGUCAGUAAUACCUUAUGCAAUGCUACAGUAGCUAAAUGUUCUGUGAAACCUUUCUUCCCAGUAUGCAUGAAGAUUUGUCUACAAGUCUCCAUGUAGGCUUGGUACAUUUCACAUCUGAAAGCCCUUAAAUGAUUAAGCAAUUUAUGAGGUAAAACAAAGCAAACUUUAAAAAGUAUAUGAUUGUUUAAUUUACUUUACCCCACAGGUAAAUAAUCAUGUCAUGAUGUCAAAUUUGUUUAAAAAACCAUGGUUUAUGAUGUUAAACGUGCAUGACUUUAAGUAUAAUAUACAUCUCUGUGUAACUUGACUGCAUACUAAUUAUGAUUACUUGGUAGGCAGUAAAUAUAGGGCUUGUUAAAUAUAGACCUUGCCACUCAAAAUCAGAACUUAAAUGAGAAGUUGUUAUAAUGCUUGUGCUUUCUUAUUCCAAUCAUUGUUUUGAAUUAUAUUAUUUACGAUAAGUACAGAUUACUGUACGGUUCCAUGUCAUUUGUUCCUAGGGGCAGUAUUCUGAAAACCUUUAAACUGUGUCAAAACUAUGUCAGAUUACAAAGACCUCUGUAUUAUGCUAAAAAAUUAGAGCUGCAUUACACGGCUAAAUCAUUUUGAUAAGUGAAAUUAGUUGCAUUUUAGCAGCAUGAGCAAUCGUGUAAAGAUGCAUCUCCACAAAAAUCUGUUGGAUACGUUUGUGAACUUUGUGUAGUUCAGAGAUCAAUGUGUUGAUUUCUUAUUUUGUCUGUUUGGCGCCAGAAGGCCAGUAGCUCAUAUAAUUUUAUCACACAGAGAUAAAGCCCUUUAGGCUCCAAACAGACAGUAUACAAUGUUAUUAUGGUUUUCAGAUUACUAUCUCAAAAUUGCUUUUCACAGAAGACUUGCAUAAUAUACUCCAAUGUUCAAUUUCUGUUCAAUUUUUUAUAUAUUUAUGGUUAUCACUGAUACCAAAGAAUCAUUAUUUAACCAGUGAUAUGUUUGUCAUCUGUACCAUGUCUCUAGCAUUCAAGUAUGGUCUGUACUUUUGAAUAAGACUUCACAUCAUUACAUUGAAUUAAUUCAGAAGUAUUUGCAUGAAUGCUACCCUCCUAACUCUGUCAAUGUAACAGUAAUAUUUUUUCGAUGCCAACGAAUGCUGUAUAAGUAUGAAGUUAUUGUUGUCCAUUAGUAUACCAAUUAAGGAGGCUAUAUAGUAUAUGGUGUUAGAGCAGUGUCAUGAUCGCACCACCUCAGUUUUAUUUCGAAGAGGCACCAAUAUGAUCAAACUGGAGGAUCGGUAUUCACAUAUAGGUAUUAACUUUAAUUCGGUUUGAACCCAGUGGGUGCUUCAUAAAUAAAUGGACUAAGUUACAGUAAACCAGCUUUUACCUAGCCGCAUUCGUGACUAGAUGUAAUUAAUGAAAGUAGUUUGUUUAAAAAAGAGAAUUC